AUGAAGCUUUCGUUGUUCAACAUCGCCGUUGUGGCCUCCAUGGUCGCCAACGCUGUGACCGCCGCUUACACUAACUCUACCACUUCAUCUUCUGGACCAGCUCCAUCCAGUUCUCUCGCUCCAUCCAUCCAGGCUAUUGACAACAACGGCCGGGCUGAGUACAUCAUCACCAUCCCUGGUGCUCUUCAAUUCUCUUCCUUCAGCGUUUUGUCGCUCAGCCAAAGCUUUGGUGCUUUCGACCCAAGCCUGUGUAGUGCUGACGCUGACGGACAGAGCAUUCCAAUCAACAACGAGUCCACUGAGACUGACAUUGACUUUGAUGUUAGCAUUUCUGGUUACUCCGCCCAGAACUUCCACUCAUACAUCUUCUCUGGUGUCAUUACUGAGCCAGGUUCUUACACUGCUACCUUCGCACUUACUCUUGACCCAGACAGUACCAAGAGAGCUGAGCGUGUUUACUACUUGACCGCCACCGUGUACAUUGCUGCUGUUAGCUCUUCGUCUUCUGGUGCUUCCAGCUCUGUUCCAUCCUCGGCCUCCGCUUCUGCCUCUUCUUCUACCGAGAUCCCAGGUGUUACCGUCAUUACCCAGACUGCUUCUGGUACUGUCACUCUCACCAGAACUUGUACUGAGGAGUUGUGCACUGGUGUUGAGACUAUUGUCACUGGUGUCACCACCGUCACCGAUGAGACCACUGUCUACACUACCUACUGCCCACUCACCACCACCCUCACUCUGGCUCCAGUUACUGUUGUCACCACUGUUUGUGAGACUGAGACUGCUUCUCCAGAGACCACCACCAUCACUGUUACCUGUACUGAGGAGAAGUGCAAGGGUCAAGAGUCUACCAUUGUCACUGGUCUCACCACUGUCACUGACUUGACCACUGUCUACACUACUUACUGCCCAUUGACCGCUGGUGAGGUUACCAAGACCUACACCACCACCAUCACCAACCCAGUUGCUAGUACUCCAGUCACUGGCUUGAAAGUCACUAAAACUGCUACCAGCGGCGGUGUCACCACUACCUACGUUACCACCUGUCAGUACUACGAGGUUACCAAGACCACUACUGUUACUGCUGGUGCUGGUGCCGCUGGUUCUACGGCUGCUGCUGGUUCAGGAACCAAGACCAAGACCACUGUUGCUACUAUCACUACCACCGGUGCUGCUGGUGCUGGCUCCACUGUGGCCAAGACUGGUGCUACCACCUCCACUGGUGCUGCCACUCGGUCUUCUACUUCUGCUGCUGGCUCCGGCUCUGGAGCUACCGCCUCCAGCGUUUCGAUCUUGCAAGGUGCUGCUGCCAAGGGUUACGCUUCAGCAGGCUUGUUGGGAGCUGCUUUCAUUGCUGCCUUCUUCUACUAA